UAGCCUUCGUUCGUUCGCGCGAUGUUCCGCAAAAUAUAAAUCAUUUCGCUCGUGCGGUUGAAGGUCUGCUUUGCGGGUGUCUUCGGACCCGCUUGAUUGCAUUUCAUUCAAGAAAUCUGGUACACUUUCAGCCCCGUCCGGUCCAUAUCGUACAAACACUCGGUACAACGAGGAAGUGAUCGUGGAAGCUCGAACCAAAGCGAAAAUGGAGAAAUAAUUUUGCUAUUUACCCCGUUUUGGAACUGGAUCGUUGUUGAUACAAGCAGAGGCAGACCCAUGUGCAGUUGUACAAUCAUCACAACCUGAUACAUUGCUGCCAAUGAUAACGAAAGUUCCACGGAGCAACUGCUUUUCAGUUGAGAUUGAAGAGUUCUCCGUUGCCGUCACCGUCGCCGAUGUCCGUUACAGUCGUUCCGAGUUGUGCAGUUUCGUGCCCACAAAAACAAACAAUCUGGUGACUUGGUUGGAUAUAGUGGCAGUGUGAGAGUGUGUGAUAGUCAAUAGUGGGGGUGUUCAGUAUAGUGAAAAUGUAGUUGAGAAAAAAUGAGAGUUAAUCAGUUUACCUUCGAGUACUAUUUCUGGGUCACAGAUUAAAUGUAGACAUAGCAGAUUUCGAGUUCAGCAGGAGCUCAAAAAGGUGCAAUAUUUUGACAAGUGUUCAAAAUGCAAUUACUCAUUACAUAAGACUAAACGAGAAACCCUACUUCUCCUCCCUUGCUGAUAGUCCAUCGUGUUUUGUUCUAGAGACUGAUCAACAACAAUAACAACAAGUGCUAGUGUUGGUAAAUAGUGCAAGUAAUAAUGAGCAACCCGGCUCGCAUGAUCAAGUUGAACCGCAUUUCGCGCGACAGCGGCAUUUGUGUGGAAGACGGCAGUCACUGCAAAUCGCUCCAGGGCAGUGAAAGUGGCGUGAAAAAGCGUUUCCCAGCAGGGGGAGGUGGUAAAACGAAAACCGGAGGUCGUUCGUCGUACGUUCGCCGAUUAACGCAGCAUUUUGAAAAUCUGACCUGCCACGAUGAUAGUGAUCGCAGCACACCGACGUCAUCCACCUCCGAGGAGCGAUCGUCAGCAGCUUUUCAUUCCGACUGGAAUUUGAGUACAGUUGCGACCGUGACACCGACGGAAAUUGAACAGCAAGUGCAAAGUGGUGUGAAUGAGUGUGAUAACAAGGACGAGAGGAUGGAUGACGCGGUGGAGGUGAUAGAAAAUAUUUACGAAGAAAUUCUGGUGGGCAAGAAGGUUUCCUCCAAGUUCGCUGUUAGGCAACACAUUCAACUGUCGACGGUGGAAUUCAAUAUCGAUCGGCCUGGGAUUCACCCUGCAAACAAUGCUGAUAAUGGCAGCGUUUACGACUGCGAUAAGAUAUCAACGGGUGAACCCGAUAGUAAAUUGAACAGAGCUGUAGAGUUCGCCGAAGAAGCUACUGAAACGAUGAUAGUAGCAGAAGCAAGGAAUACAAUUAUAUCACAGGAACCUGCUCAUGAUGAUCACUACUACGACGAUGACGAGUUCAGCGAUACGGAUUCCUUCGAUUCAACGGACGACGAAGAGCGAACGGCAAUCAACUCAAGGCCUGACUCCAAUUCUUCAAUUAAAUCCGAGCGAAUUACCAGUAUCAUGAAAGAGUUAUUGGAAAAUGAAGAGAAUUAUGUUCAAACACUCGCAAAAGGUGUGGAAGACUACAUUAGUGUAAUGCAUCGCAAAGACCUACCGCUGGGAUUGCGUGGUCAACGGUAUCACAUAUUCGGUAAUAUAGAAAACAUCUUCGAAUUCCACAAAGAAAAGUUCCUGCCAAAGCUUCGAGAAAACCGUGCCAGCAUUCAGGGAAUUGCGGAAACCUUUAUCAAGUUUAUCGAACAUGAUCGAUUCUACUGCUACAUUCUGUUUGCUCUCAACCGGCCCAAAUCGGAGAAGAUAUGCAAUAAAAAUCUAGAAUUCUUUCAAGAGCGCCAAAACGAAGUUGGCGACAAGUUGGGACUGAACAGCUUUUUGCUGCAACCAAUUCAACGAUUACCGCGGUAUAAGUUAUUGUUGGCGGAGAUCAACAAGGAAGUGUUGAAACUGAUUGCCGAUUCGGUACUGGAUUCGGUCAAGGACGAGAUUGCCGUAUUGUGUAAAGCCGAAAAACGCCUCGAACGGUUCAUCGACGUCGUUAACGAGGCUAUGAGUAUCAACGAUAUUCGCGAAUGCUAUGAGAUCAACCUGUUCCACCUGGGCAAGUUCCGCAAAAUGUUCGAAAUGGACAUUUACGAUUGGGAUCGAAGGCGACGCUACCCGGGAAAGAUAUUUUUCUUUGAAAAAUGCAUCAUUUACACCGAAAAGUUCAAAGAAUACCUAGAAUACCGCGGCCACUACAUUGCUUCCGAGGUGGGUAUAUACAACGAUGGCAAGUGCAAGCUGUGCGUGUUUUCAAAGAAGCGCGGCAUCCAAGAGGUAGAAGUUUCCGGCAGCGAAAUCGGACUCGUUCAAAAACUGGCUGGAUACAUAGAGAACGUAAUGAGGGGCUACGCGAUGCACGAACGGCAACGGAUUAACGAUCUCAAUACGAAAAAGGACUGGAACGAGCAGCGGGUGCCGAGUGUGAAAACAAUCAAUCGGGGAAGUAUGGCCAGCACACAGAGCACAAUGUCAGUCGUCAGUAAUGCUAGUAGUCGUGAUAGCUUCGAGUCAACUUCCCAAACAACAUGGGAUGCAGAUAAUCCUGUCCAGAAUUUAGUAACAUCACAGAAACAUUUCUGUCAGAUAUUGGCAGCGAACAGGAAAUAUUACUUUACCCAGCUUCCGGAGGAGUUGUCGGAGAAAAUUCACCGUUUCAUCAAUACAUAUGACAAAAUUUUAGAACUUCACACCAAGCGAGUCUACGAAGAUUUAGCUCGUCCUAAUGUGGGCAUUGACGAGCUUUGCGAGCUGUUUAUUCAGUACUUUAAGGAAGAUUUGUUUGAUCCAUACAAUAGUUACUUGAAACAUUUCAAGCAGGCGGCUGGUAUAAUGAAAAAUAUCCAUCGCGCAUCGCGCACAUCCCUCACUGGUACAAUGGUGGCCCAAACAACCGAAGAUUUCACCUUUUUGGUUAUUGACAUCUGGAAUAAAUAUCAAAACUUCGUACAAACUCAAAUCGUUCGUAUGUCGAACCAAAUGAACGACAAAGUCAACGCAACGGAUAAGGAUCUGUUCCGUAAAAUCGCUUUCAUCGAAGUUCAGAUCAGUUCAUUCCGCAAGAAUUUAGUGCAGAACUAUCGGUUGUUCAACCUGGACGAAAAUCUUACGCCCUCCAGCCUUGGUCUGGUGGUUUACUCCGAACGGGUACGGUAUAGCAACGAGACACUCAGCUCUCACCGGAUACUAUUGUGCGAAAAGGGCACAGUUUGUGUGAAGAUCCAACAGGUGAGGGAAAUCGAUCGACAAGCAGAGAAAUACAAUCGAAUUGUGUUUGUAGUCAAGUUCCAACGAGGUGCACCGGUGAUGAAACAAAGCAAAAAAUCUGACGUAAGAAUUAAUUUCGAAUUGAACGGCAAUAAACAUUCGGUCGAUUUUGGGAACAGGGCUCAAAAGGAUAAGUUUUUGGGGAAUUAUUGUAUGUAUUAUGAACAGUAUUGUAAACAGAGGUAGAUCCUUUAUAGUUAAGAAAUAUUUACUGUGCAGUAACAUCGAUAAACGUGAACUGAGAAACGUUCUAUAUGACCGAGUAAGCAGAAAUAAAGU